AAACCUUUUUUUAAUUUUCUCGAUUUAGAAUUAUGAAAUUGCUUUCCAGUUAUCUAUUAACAUUGAUAGUAACUUCAUUCGUUGCAAUAUUGUUUGUAUGGACUUACUGGGAAGCCGAGAGAUCAGUUAUCUCUGAAACUUUUCAAGAUAUUGAACUCGUAAAAUAUAAUUCAGAACUAAAGUUGGAAGAUGCACUUAUUGAAAGGAAAACUCUGUUAUAUACGGCGUCUGAGAAUAACACCAAACAAGUUACUAGUACUGCACCUGCUAUAAAGACCACCAUUGCCGCAAGGUCAAAACCUGUUAGGAUUGAGACUAUUACUAAAGGGAUUCCGAAGAAAGCAGAACCAUCUCAAGAACUUUUGAAAUCUAAAACCGUUUUUUACAAUCGAGUAGGAAAAUGUGGAAGCAGGUCUUUACUUCAUCUAGUUCGUGUUUUAGGAAGCAUGAAGGGAUUUAAAGUACUCAGCUCCAAUGACGUUGCUAACGUUCAUCCAAAUUCGACCGAAGUCGAAAAAGAAAUGAAAAAAAUUUCUAGUUUUAUUAAAAAACCGACAUUAUAUGAUCGACACAUACAUUAUCUGGAUUUCAAAGCAUUUGGGCUUGAGGAACCUAUCUACAUAAAUAUGAUACGAGAUCCCAUACGGCGAUUUUCUUCCCAGUACAAUUAUUUGAAAUACGGGGACGCUGCUGGAGGGGUCAAAAAACCCAGGAAUGAUUUACCAGAUAUAAAUGAAUGUGUAAUGAAAAACAUUUCGUUGUGUAGUCGCACAACUUUUAUGUUCUACAUUGGUUCAUAUUUUUGUGGGUUUGAUGAAGUUUGUUCGAUUAGAUCCCGCGACAGAAUCGAAUUGGCAAAGAAACAUAUCGAUGAGAAUUAUUAUGCGAUUGGAUUAACCGAAGAAUUUGAAAAUACUAUAAAAUUACUGGAAAAAAUGCUUCCAAGUUUUUUUAAAGGAGUUACAAGGUUAUGGAAUAAAGAAAUAAAAAUGUGGAAAACUAGGACGACGACAAAACGGAGAGAAACUUUGACCGAAGAAUCAAUUGCUAAAUUAAAAAAUAGUUAUUUUCUGGAUGAAUAUGAAGUUUAUAAUCAUGGUCGAAAAAAAUUUGAGCGACUUAAAAACGAAUUUGGCAUCCAAUGAUACUAGAUAAACACUUACAUAAGCUGCACGUGGAGGCAGAACGACUAGACACUGCUGUUAACAGCACUCGCUCAGCAAAAUCAGUCAAGUGGAAACACACACGUGACCGGAAACCCUAGUGGUGGCGGUGGCGCUAUAUUUCGAGAUUAGUCAAUUGUGGGCCUUCUAGGUUGCACUUGGAGAUUAAGACAAUAACCAAAUGGAUGUUCAAAUACAUGGAAACGAAAUGGUACAGGUAUGCAAUCUGUCACAGUAGCCUACCGGCACCGUAUCGCAGCUGAUUUGAACUUUUGCAAAGGAGCGCAAUUUUCAAUCGUGUUGACUUCAUCACACGCAACAACGAAUCCCAUAGGGGUCACAUAUUUUUGAAAUAAUUAAAAUUAAUAGCCUUCCAGUAAAAAGUACAAUCUUCAGCCACUGAAAAUUUCAAGCCAAUUGGUCCAGUAGUUAAUGAGAAAAGCGAUGAGAAAAUUUUUCCACAGCCGCAACAAGAAGAAAAGAAAAACUAACAUGACGAUCAACAACAAAAUAAACCAUAGGUCUACUUCCUGUCCAAAAACUAAUCAGUGAAACGGCCCAGAUGUCUAUUUCGCGUCAAAAAUUCCAGAUGAAACCAGUCCUAACCAGAGAUGAGUUACAAGCCCACUCAAACAUAUUUUUCCAACCAGGAAAGUAGUCAGCCCAAAUUUUUUUGUGGCCGUAUUUUUUUAAAUAAUAACAUAAUACAACGCCUGCUCUUGCCUUUUGCCCCGAACAAAGCCAGAUAAAAGCAGUCACUAAUAUCUAACAAUAUAUAUCACAAUGAAUCUCUCCCCAGAGGUCCGCUAAUGUAUUUUACUCCCAUCGAUCGCCAGGGUGCUUGCCGUUGAAAAUUAUACAUCAGACACAAGAAGGCAAUGCCUUAAUAUAGGGACACGAAAGUCGCACAGAUCUUCAAGAACUACAACUAUUUUAUAUUCAACAAAACAAUACAUAGGUCCACUUCUUGUCCCACAAAGUAAACAAUGCAAAAUGUUCAAGAAAUUCCUAAUUUCGUAGACUACAACGGACUUUUCCCUAGGCAACGAUAUCUUAUGUUUGUUUCUUAACAAUGGUAAAUAGCAACAAGAUGACAAUGACACAACAAUCAGAAUUUAACUACCCACUUGAAACAUAUUUUCCUCUAUUAGUUUUUCAAGUAGGUAUGUUUGAUUGGAUUACGUAGUUUUUAGAUGAGAUUAGUGGCAGAAUAAUAACAGUUUAACUACACAUUGAAUAUCUCCUCGGGCAAUGUUUCUUUAGCUGCUGUAAUCACUAAAUCAUGAAUGGUUCACAAAAUGCUAGUUAAGAUAGGCUGAAAUCUGCUGCCGUUAGUUCUUAACGGCAGGUGCUUGAAUAACCGUUGGUUGGUUGCGGCUUCUUCCACCAUCAAGUCCAUGCAUCUGAAAACAAAUACCUAACUAACUAAUUCCGUGCCCGACAUGGACUGGUAGUCGGACGAGAGGUCAUGGCUCGCCAUUUGAUUAAAAUCGAUUUUCCGCCAUUUACAGUUACACACACAUUCGUACGUCACUUUGUCAGCAAUAUUUUGUUCUAUUCCCGAGCGGUUCGUAGAUUACCCGAUGUUUUCAAGGUCACUAUCAAUAAUCCUUCAUUCAAAUGAACCACCCUAGAUAGAUAAAAAUGCGUAGCCUACUUUCAAAGGAUGGAUAACUUCGACAGCGAAGUAAUUCUGAGGAGAAAUUCUUUAGGAUAAGAGUGCUUUUAUCUGAUCUUGUUCGGAGCACUCUAUUAACUAAUAAUUUUGCAUCUCCAUGUUGGCUAUCAAUAUUGUUUUGGUAAAUAAUUCCAAUGUAUAUAGCUAUUUUGUGUCUUUUCCAAGCGCACUGUUCAAAUCCCUUUCUGUUCAUUACUAGUCACUAUUCACUUCUAACAUUGGCUUGCUUUGUUUGUUUUCUGUAUUCACAGGUACUGUCACCCAAUUUUUAUUUCCACUAUUCAAAACUUCAUCUGCUUUUCAACCAUGUAUUUCAAGCGAUGUGUCCCAUAAAAUUCUACUUCCUUAGAUUUAUGUAUUAUUAUAUAUUGGUUGGCUAAUUAGUAAAAUUUAUCAGUCGAAACUCUCCUCCUCAAUCUGCCGAAUGAGAAGUUAGAACCUUGAGUGUCGCUGCUCGAUAACCAGUUUUGGUUCCACGCGGCUUCCUUUCCCCAGUAAUGUAAAUAUAAUUUUUUUUCUUAUAUUUUUUGCAUGUUUUCUGUCUUUAACUGGUUGGAAAGAUAAACUUGACUUGACUAUGCUAUAUAAAACGUAGAAUUCCAGAGCCUUCAUUUGUAUAUAUGAGCUGUGACGCUAAUCUGGCGAUCUCUCAACUUAUAA